AUGCCAAAGUUGGUGAUCGCUGAAGACUGCGCUGGUCUUGGGCCAUUGGCGCCAUGUUUGAAGCAACUUGGCUUCAAAGUGGAGGCUUUCUACAUGUCAGAGUCAGACCCUGCUCUACUUCAACGACUUUCCGACCUAUAUCAUCCCCAGAAGCUCUCCGAUGAUUGCACCAAGUACAAAGGUGUUGAGAAGCUGAUCAACGUCUUUGGGUCGGGUCCACCUUGCCAACCCUUUAGUCCUAUUGGACAACGACGAGGGCACAAAGAUGUUAGAGCGAAGAUCGGGAAAGCUGUUGUGAUGCGUAUUAGAAGGUGGCUCCCUGAGACGUUCAUCCUCGAAAACGUCAAAGCCCUGACAUACCGAAAGAACCGCAAACAUUUUGCCAAGCUUUUGAGACUGUUGAAAGCCGAUGGCUACUAUGAUGUCCAAUGGAAGGUUCUCGACACCUGGAACUAUGGGGGCUUGCCUCAACGUCGGUCGAGGGUCUGGAUAAUCGGGACCACGAUCCACGCCACCAAGAGAAAGUUCCGAUUUCCGAAACCUUUGCCAAAAAGGAAGCGUACCAAGCUCAUGGAUCUUUUGGGAAGGAAAAGCCAAGAGUAUCAGUUUCCAAAGACUGCUGGUGGCCGGAAAAGGCUUCGCGCUGGUCUCAAGAAGAUCAACAAGUUGGGCGGAGAUUUGGAUGAGCCGUGGUGCUCUGUCAGAUCAUCGAUUGCGGAGCUUCGAAAAAGUUCCAAGGAAAGCCAAGUUGUGGUUUGGUGCCUUGCCUCACCCGUGCUCGAGCUGGUGUUGACGCUUUUUGGGCGACGAGCCAUGGAAGGAUGGUCGACUUCGGCCAAAGAUGUUGGGGAUCUUUCGGUGAGGCAAUUUGGAAUGGCUCUGGGAAAUGCCUGGCCAAUUCCAGUGGCAGUGCGGAUCCUUCACCAGCUCGACCGAGCUAUGGGUUGGUCCGGAUGA